CAAGCAGUGCUUACUUAUCACCGUGCGGGAGAAAAUGUCUAUUGGAGUCUCUGCGUUGCCUGUUUAGUGGUCGUCAUAGAUAACGUUCAAUCGAGUGGUUCGAACUGUGCGCUUUGUCCCGUUAUUUCGAGACGACUAAGUCAACGGCCAAAACUAUUAACUAGGUAUAGACGACGAGCUGUGUACGACGGCUUGAGCAAGUGCGGUGUGUCGCAUAGAUAGAUUCUGUGUGUGUUCUUGACUUGGGGGGCAAAAUCUAUAUCAUUCACUGGAAGAGGACGCACUGCAUCCCAGUUUACAUCGAUGCGCGAGGGAUCAGAGCUACCGGAGAUCACCCUCCGCCCUCACCGAACCAUCCCCUGAGGUAGGAAACGCCAAACUCACUCUGAAUCUGCUACUGCUAGAAUGUGAAAGAGUAAUCCUUCACCAUUGCAAAUACGCUUCGAACCGUCACGUCAAUUACGGCAGCAUUGACCCGGAGACGAUUUAUGUUUAGCCGAUUUCAAAACAGCGCAAUGAGAUUUAAGGGAGUAGGAGGAAAACCGGACAGAACGGCACAAGACACACAAGAAACCGGUAGAUCCUAAUUUCCUUUUAGAGUGGGCAAGUGAAGUGUGGCUCGGGUUUCUUGAAGUCCGAUGUCGCACCAGAUGUACAGCGCGUCGCAGAGGAAUGACGGCAGCCCAUGAAUGGCUAAGUUAUCACCGUUCGAACGGUGUAAGCUAGUUACCAGUUCGCCGACGGAAAUCGUACGUGCAUAAUCAGAUCUUUCGUCUGAUGCUAAGAAUUUUCAGUGAACGUAUCCGUCACUGACGUAUCUUGUCCGUUUGUGACUGAUAUCGACAUAUCUCGAACUGAUUGGAGAACAGCCCGUUAAAUGCCGAUAUGCAGCGAAUGUUGCGACAGUGACCGUCAGUAUUCGAUAUACAACUCCGUGUUAACGGAAAAGUGGACUACAACAACAAUUUACCCUAUACCACUGUUCGAUUUCAAGGCCAGCUUGUUUUUUCCCACUGCGUUGAGUCUAUGUGAACAGUGAGAUAGAUAAUGCCAAAAUUGCCACCCAUCUUGAAAGAAGGGGUUUGUGUACGUUGUGCUAAUGUAAGUACAUCUCAAGCUGGUGGCAUGGCUGCAAAUGUUGGGUGAACCCUGUUGAUGCGCAACGUGAUAUGUUGAGUCAAUGGGCGGAAUCCUAUUAGUAUCCAUUAUUAGUAGUUGUCCGUUGUUUCCUAUUUUUGAUGAGACUAUUGUGCGUGAGUGCGUCCACUGACUGAUUGAGUGUUAAUACCUCCAGACUGCUUUCAACCUAUACCUAUCCGGCCAUGUAUCGCCCUGUUCGUCGCUGGUUCGGCAUUAAACGAUUAUGGUCGUGUAUGCUGCACGUGCUGACGCCGUAAAUUCGCACCCGUCUACGACUCUUUCUCGACAAUUUUUUCCCGCUCUUUGCUUCUCGCUUUGUAUCAGACAAGGUUGGCUCGGGGUGGAGAGGUGCCGGUGGAGGGUCCAGUCGCCAACGGCUAGAUCCUGCUGUCCGCCGCAGGAUCCACGUCUCUUCCAAUACUGGGACGGCGAUAUGCAGGGAGGCGGCGGAAGCGGCCUGGGUUCGUGUGGUGGCGGAGCACAGCUGGCUGAUUACGUUGGCGGUGGAGUAGGCGCCUUGUCGCUAGGAGCUGCCGUCGUAUCAGGCGGCGCCAGUGGUGGCCCGCUCGAGCUGAAAACAUCGUUUUGUACCCGCGAAGGCGAAUAUCGUCUGUUGGCUGCGUGCGAAUAUGGACACUCGAAUCGAGCGACAGCCGCUACCGGUGGAUAUAACUCCCCGCAGACGAAAACGCCUGUUAAGGUUUCGUUUAUAGAGGACAAACUAUGCUACAAUGUGGGCAGGGAAUUGUAUAUUUAUACCUAUCGGGGAGCGCAGAAGGCUGCCGAUCUCUCCAAGCCUGUUGAUAAAAAGGUAUACAAGGGCAGUUUUCCGACGUGUCAUGACUUUAACCAAAUGCUUGCGGCGCCGCUAUCCUUGUCACCGUCACCGUCGCCUUCAGCGUCAACGGCUCGAACCAUGACCCCGGCGCCAGCAUCCGAUUUUGGUGGUGGCAGCGCUGCUGGAGGAGGUGGUGCUGGUUCUGGUGGAGCAAUAUUGGCAGAGGCCAAUGGAUCGUUAGGAUGUGCUCAUCUGAGUGACGAGAUAAUGAGUGGCACCGAUUGGGGACCGGGAUGCAUAACGAAAUCAGCAGCUACGACAACAACUGCAGCUGUAGUUGCCACGGGCUCCGCCGGCGGUGGUAUGGCAAUGACGGGAGUGAACUCGCUUUCGUCUGCAUCGACAGAGCGGCAGACUGCUUCGACACCGACGAGCAGUGACGAUGUAGAACCUCCACUUGCCAAUACACCUUCGGCAGGUUCUCCCCCAGUAAGUGGUGAGAACCCGCCCUCGCCAUCAGAACAAAAGGGGUCAACACAAAACCAAGGUCUUCAACUACUAGUCGGAUUUAGCGGAGGCCAGAUCCAAAUCAUCGAUCCCGUUACCAAGGACCACCUCAAGAGCAAACUGUUCAAUGAUGAACGCCUUAUUGAAAAGACCAAGGUGACGUGUCUGGCAUGGGUGCCGUACUCAACGCAGCUGUUCGUUGUCUCACAUACAUCCGGCCAGUUGUACCUGUAUAAGAGCGAUCUUCCUCCGAGUCCACAGGCUCCACAUUAUCAGUUAUUUAAAACGGGACCGGGAUUUACCGUGCAUACGUGUCGUUCAAAGCAAACGCGAAACCCACUCUUUCGUUGGGUAAUAGGAGAAGGCUCCAUUAACGAAUUCGCCUUUUCUCCUGGUGAAGGGCGAUAUCUUGCUACGGUAUCCCAAGACGGAGUGAUGCGCUGCUUCGACUAUUCGCGAAUGGAACUGGUAGGCUCAUUUCGAUCUUACUUCGGUGGCCUGAUAUGCGUAGCGUGGUCACCUGAUGGGAAGUACGUUCUUGCUGGUGGAGAAGACGAUCUUGUAACCCUCUGGUCGGUUGCUGAGAAACGUGUCGUCGCGCGAGGUCAGGGUCACAAUUCGUGGGUUAACUGCGUUCAGUUCGACCCAUUUCUUUGCGGCGAUGGCGGUUACAGAUUCGGCUCUGUUGGCCAGGAUACGCAGUUGUGUUUGUGGGACGUCAGCGAAGCCGACUUGUUAAAACAGCCGAAGAAACCUAAGAAGCAUUCGAGUUGUCAAAACGGGACGUUACUCUCCAGCUGCGGACAACAGGUGGGCAGCCAGCAGCACCAGCAUCAUCAUCAACAACAGCAGCAAAACAACAAAUUUAACAAUAAUACAAGUCACAACAACAACUCAACAACAUCACUCUCCCCGCAGCAACAGAUAAGCAGUAACCACAACAGUACUACUAGCGGAAGUGGCAAAGACUGCAAGGAAGGAAAGGAUAACAAGGAUAGCAGCAAUCACAGCCAUCAUAAGGAUAAGGAGCAUUGCAAUGGUGGAAGCAGCGGGGGUCAUUUGGGUGCCCCUUCGCUGGCACUGGGCAGCGCACAAUGUCCUCGGCUCGGCCAGGUGCCCAUGCUGGAACCCCUCGUAUGCAAACGCGUAGCUCCGGAACGAUUAACGGCGCUUCAUUUUCGCGAGGACUGUCUUUUGACGGCUUGUCAAGAGGGAUUCGUUUGCACCUGGGCAAGACCCGGUGUGCGCUCGUUGUCAGAUGGUGUCUGCGAACGAGCUGACUUCGGCAUGACCGUGUCGGCCGCGUACAUUGAUGGUGACGCGCCUCCGUCAAUUGGGGGAGGUGCUGGUGUCAUUGUUGGUAGCGGAAUUGUUGGUGGUGUUGUCACCCCCAACAACGUAAUGGGUAAUAGUCAAGAUCGGGGAGGUGGAGUAGGCGGAGCAUGUGGUGCGACUGAAACUAACCGAGGCAUGGGCGUCGUCGGCUUGGCCAGUGACGGAGUGAGUCUAUCAAGUGGCAUUAGUGGGAACAUGGCUACAAGCCACGGUAUCGCUGGAAGCGGUCAGACAGCCACGUGACCAGCGGAGGUCACGUGCCCCGUGGCCAUAUGCGCAAGGGGUGUUGGUAUUAACAAUAACAGCAACAGCAGCAGCGUCAAUAGCACCAUCAGCAGCAGUAAGAGCAAACCUGGACGUGACAUCGAUGGCCGCCUGUGUAAUGCUCAGCGCUCUGCUGUCAUUUCUGCUUCAUAUUUUAUGGCUGCUGCCGCUUCCGGUGACGCCGCUCAUCUCAGCGCAUCAACUCUCAUCGCAGCCGUAUCGCCGUUUUCAUCUAUACCCUCUAUAUCAUUAGCCUCACCUUGUUUACCGUCGUCGGGUAACACCGCCAACAACAACAAAAAUUGUAACAGCAACACCAUCAAUAACAUGAGCAAACGAUGGUGUCCUACAGGAUCGAUACUGACUAUUUCACCAAGCAAAACUGCAAAUAACAAUCUGUCUCCAUCAGCGGAAAGCACUGCAAAAAUAGCAGCAGCAAUUACCGCUGAGAAGCAGCCUUCAUUACCCCAGCAGCCCGAAAAACCUAAAGAGCGACGACGGUCUAUUUCGGUGGCAACGGCUGCUGCGGCGACAUUAGUGGUUAGCGUUCAAGCCAAACAAUCGACGACGAUUACUCCCAAAGUCAUCACCGAUGCAGCCGGUGGCUGUAGACGCAACAAAAGCAAAGCUGCUAACAGUCGCACUAAUGGCAGCGGCAGCGACACCAACAGCACACUGCGGCAUGGCCGGUGAUACGUAGAUAACGACAUGCUUGAUGGACAAAUCCGUAGUAACAGUAAUAGUGAAGCUGCGAACGUUGAGCAAUAGGACUGGUAUAAAAGUAGUCGUAGGCCACUGACUCUGGCGGCAGUUAUGGAGCGAAAAGAGGAUCUCAAAAGCAUUCCCCGAGAGUUACGUGGGGGCUUCGCGGCGUGAGUUCUGUCGUCGUCGGCGACCCACCAAUAUCUACUGUCCACCAUUCACGCCGCCAGCCUCAUUUUACCCUCGCUCUUGGCCCCUCAUGCCUACCUUGCCCCCCCUUACGUUGUGCUCAGUACUGCCGUGCUCGCGAAGCUGUCCCUGCAAGGCUGUCUUGUCUCAGUUCGAGUUCGGGGUCCAGGUUGUAUCCAGUGCCACGCACAACCCCGUUUCGAAACCGCACAACAGCUUCGGGUCCACCAUUACUCUCAAAGUUUUCCCUUGAUAGUGCAGAUGCUUGAGGUGAUGCUAAUGUUAAGCAUGGAAUAACUGCAGCAUAAGUAAUGUCAUGGCUAAUGAUAGCGGCACUAAGUGCAGGCAUUGGAUAUCAUGAACCAACCCGCUUGAUCUGUCUGAAACACAACAUCAAUUCUAUACGCCAUUGCCGCUGGUUGCAUGGACAGAAGGAAUCGCAUGAAGGGAUAAAAGCGACACGCAUUCGCGUUCGUUCAAAUCCGCUCUCAUAUCUCUAUCUUUAGCGUCUGAGGAGAAUCGGCGUAGGGUAUUCAGGGAAGAGUCAGCAGAGAAGCGACCGGCGGGCCAAAUUGCGAGUAAAGAGCUCAUUUGGUUAGAUUUCGAAGUUGCAAACACAUAAAACGAAAGGAAGAACUGUGGAAGUUACGAAGAUAGAGACGUAACCAGUGAAUACGAAGCGUUUCAGCAAGCAGAUGACAAUAUCAACGAAAGACUUGCUGGCACUUGCUGAACUACCCGCUUGAUGGAGCAGCGAACAUGCGCACCUUCCCAAAUGUCGAUGGGUCGAUACAGAAAAUAAAUGCAACGAGAAUGCCUUCCUUUCACAUAUAUCUGUACGUGCACAGCUAUUAUUGAACGAAAAAGCUAUUGUGUACAUGUGAAGGUGUCUUCGUAGCUUCCAGCUGUUGUUUCUCCUCAGAGGAGAAAAAAGCGGCAGACGCGUUGAGAAAAUUUGAGGGUUGAAAAUACACUCAAUCAAUGAUUUUCUUUAUUGAGAAUCUUCCGGACAAACGAAUACGGACGACGACAGGCUCGUGUAUCCAGCGGAUGCACUGGUGAAAUGACAGACGGUCGAGAAUAGAGCAAGCCACUUACCUGUAUAAGGCCGAAGGCAGAAACCCAAAAAGCUAAAGAGCUCAAUUAGCCAUGUGGGAUGCAAUGAUAGCGACGAAAACAGAGCUGAAAUAUACUUCUCGAUCAUUACUGUGACGAAAAUAGGGUAGUUAUUACUGUUUUGGCUGCUAUUAUGACGCCGUAUUCAUUACUAAUCCCGGCUGAUAGAGAGUAACGCGCGGCUCAGCACUGGGAAGCGCGCCUAUACCCAGUAACGCGAAUAGAUGCAAUCCUACCCAGAAAUUAAUACUUGAUGAAUAGCUGAACGGAUUUAAAUGGUGUUGAGGGCAGCAAGAUAUAAUUGAGACGAUGAUGAUGAUAGUGAUGGCAUGUGAUGGUAAAUGGUGUGUACAAUCGAAGGGAGUUUUGGUUUGGAAUAGGCCAAAUGUGUCGGCGAUAGAUUUGUGUUUUACCUGUAUUUAGGGCUGAGCCCCGAUAUUUCCCUGAAGAGUGACCGCGAAAAGAUCAAGAGUGCGAUACAUCAUUCGAAUAGCCAGCGCGCUAUGAUGUAUUCUAAUAUGCAGAGCAGAAAAGGGAUGGGCUUCGACACGAAGCGCAACGAAUAAAAGCGAAUGAUACGUGAAGGGGCAAGACGAGCGAAAAUAAAGGUAUCAAGUGAGACAACAUCUAGAAAAUACAUAGUGAAAAAUAAUCACAAGGCAAUAUACGCCGAGCUGGGUGGCUAACAAAGACUUCUCUCGCCUUCCCUAAAGAGCGUCAGCGAGGGCGGACAGAGUUGGUUGUAGGUGAAGGGCAGUAACCCCAAUAAGGGUAAAUAACGAUUACAGUGUGAACAAGUUUGUAAAUUUUAUUACUGCAAGCAUCGGCGGGACUUCAAUAAUGUACGCAUCUACCAGUAAAAUAGCAACAAUAGCAAUAUUGUUGUAGUCGUUGUCGAUAGUAUUCUUCGUUACUUGAGCUCUUCUGAUCAGGACCAUAACAGCCACUUUGACAAAUAGAAAAUUACGUGCGUACAUACGUGCAUAUAAUCAAGACCAAUACAUCAAAUAGUACAUAUCUGUUCCCGAUUCGCUACUCGCCCAUGAUAUAGUCGUGAUGUCAGAAAAAUGAUGAUUCAAUCCUUCGCACAGGUGGGCCUAAUGAAAUAAAUGACGACGAAAUUGUAUUACGUGUCCCGUUUGACGCGAAGAGUUUCCAGUAGCCUGUCGGUUACUGUGCCGACAUCAUUUAGAUAAUGCGAGCAACGUGCUUAGGGUUUUCUUACAGCAAAUAUGUCUGGUUAGUCCUACACUUUUCCACCGUCAAGCCUUUCUCCCCAGACAGACACCCGAAAAGGUGAUCUUUACUUCGGAUCACAGUACACACAAGCAGAACAAUUUGCAUUAUAACAUUAUGGUAAUGAUAUAAUAUCGUAUGUGGAUGCAUGAUAGAUGCGGUGAGAAUGCUGAGUUUACGGUACGAUGUCAGCUAUUGUUAUCCUAGUCAUUACUAAUAUAAUUUGAUGAAACUGACUAUUAUACGGGAGAGACUCUUACUCCUAACGUUAAUGAGUCAUUAACUAUAAUAAUGUCUUUUGAAAGAAUGAAUGAAUCCACACAAGAAAAAUCCUAUAAGUGCUAUACGUCUACACAGAAUGCAAAUCGACCCAUGUUCAUUGGCGCACGUCGGCACGUACAGACACACGAUACGUAUAUUUGGUAAUUUGGGCACGAAAAUGUUGAAACGGAUACAUUCCUUAGGUUUCUAUAGUGUAGCUGAAUUUAUAGUAUGGCCGAAUGAUAACAGCUUGGGUCGCAGCUCGGCAAUGCGAUUACUGAAAAGCACGGUAUCGACUGUUGCCGUGACUGUAAUAUCUGUGAAUUGGUUCUAAACUAUAGCAGAAGCUACCCAUGGACAAUAAAACGAUAGGAACCAUUUCUUUUGACUGGCCACAUUCGAAGAGACAUGGUGUUAAGUAUUGUGAUGACGAGCUUGAAGUAUGCAAUGAUAUGUUUGCCUUUUUGCUAUCGUUUGAAGCAUGGAUUUUGUCCUUAGCAGUUUUCGAUCAGUGAGUCUAAUAUGAGACCUGAUCACGUUGAGUGGCGCGCAUGUACCAUUGAUGGUUUGAUUAAACAACGUCCCAUAUUGUGAUGAGCCGCGCAUGGAUACAGAUAGCGGCUGGGUAUCAGACCAUCUGUGCGGAGAAAAAUCUACGUGGUCG